AUGGAGUCUUCACUGGGGUACUCGGUGCGGGUGAGCCCCAGCAGCGUGCCGGGGCUGGGGAGCGGCGUGGUGCUGGAAGGUCCGAGGGGCGCCAAGGGGGGACAGCUGGUGGCCCUCUACCCCGGCGGGCUGUACCUCCCGCAGCAGCCCGUCCUCCUGCCCAGCCUGGCCAACCCCUUCAUGCUGCGCUGUGCUGACGGGGUGAUCGUGGACGGCCACCGCAAGGGAGUGUCCGGCGCCGUGUUCAGGUCUUGCUGUGGGAGGGACCGCCUGGGACUCGAGGAGGCGGCAGACUCGAGUUGGCUUACCGACUGGCCUGUCAACCCUCUCAAUGUGGGGCAGUACGUCAACAACCAGGCUCCAGGUCGCCCCAGCAAUGUAGCGUACCAGGAAGUGACGCUGCAGCCGUGGGAGGUGCCGUGGGGAACGCGUCGCUUCCUUCCCAAUCUGUGGUGCUCGCUGCCCCCUGGCACCCCCCAGGGGGAGUUGCCGCUACGCGUUGUGGCUCUGGUCGCCACCACAGACAUCGCUGUGGGACAGGAACUCUAUUCCCAUUACUUCACCAUCAUUCACUCCAAGACCUAG